GCUUCUGGAGAAAUCAUACUCCUCCACGUCUACAAACGAAACACCGCGAUAAAGCCUUGAUUCGACUCGGCUCUGUUUACCUCACCAUCAACUUCCGAUUACAAUAAACAACAUGGCUGAAGGCGCAUCCGCAGUUCCUACCUUCAAGCUUGUCCUUGUCGGUGAUGGAGGAACCGGAAAGACCACAUUCGUCAAGCGUCAUUUGACUGGAGAGUUUGAGAAGAAGUACAUUGCCACUCUUGGUGUUGAGGUUCAUCCUUUGGGAUUCAGCACGAACUUGGGCAACAUCCAAUUCGAUGUCUGGGAUACCGCAGGACAAGAGAAGUUCGGAGGUCUUCGUGAUGGAUACUAUAUCAACGGCCAGUGCGGUAUCAUCAUGUUCGACGUCACAUCCCGUAUCACAUACAAGAACGUCCCCAACUGGCACCGUGAUUUGGUCCGUGUCUGCGAGAAUAUCCCCAUCGUCCUCACCGGAAACAAGGUUGAUGUCAAGGAGAGAAAGGUAAAGGCCAAGACCAUUACUUUCCAUCGAAAGAAGAACCUUCAAUACUACGACAUCUCCGCCAAGUCCAACUACAACUUCGAGAAGCCUUUCCUGUGGUUGGCACGCAAACUCGUUGGCAACCCAACUUUGGAAUUCGUCGCUGCUCCAGCUCUUGCCCCUCCCACCGCCACUGUCGACCAAGCCCUGUUGGAGCAAUACCAGAAGGAAAUGCAAGAUGCCGCACAAAUGCCACUCCCAGACGAGGAUGAUGCCGAUCUCUAAAUCCGCACGAGCGUCAUUUCGAGGUUUCGGCGACCACUUGUUAGGAGCAUUUUAGAUCGUUCUUUUUUCCGGCGAUAUUUGCAUUGUGUCAGUUGGUCUCACGGAUAGAGGAAGAUGGACAGCGACUCCCUCUUUUCGUCACGGCAUGGAUAAAUCUCAUGCGAGCAGCGAGCUUGUGAGAGGGUGGAUUGGGAUUAUUACGAGCGAUGAAUACAGAUCUCGUGGCGGCAAGAAUUUCACAACCGUGCUGCCAUCUCCAGCCUCAUGUAGCUAGACUAAGAAAAAAGCCAUUAGUUCCUUUAAUUGGCCAUCGGCCUUCAGCAACAUCAAGGAUGCCGAACGGUGAAUUACCGUCAAAGACGAAC